UGACGUAGCCUGGCGCAGCUUGGCACCGCCGACCCGACGUUCCUCUGGCGCUGUGCUGCAGUUCGAGGUGGAGCUUGGCACCGGCGGAGCCAGGAGUCGGAGGCUCCUCCUGCCCUGUCGCUGUAAAACUGCUUUAUCCCAGUCCCUUGGCUAUCAUGGGGAAUGAGCUCGGUGGUCCUGCACCCUGCAGACUUUGCAGCGCUCACGGGUUGGUGAUGCGGUCUGGUCAGUGUAGUGAAAGGACGUGGGUGUUGAGCGUUACUGCUGGUCUGACCUUGCACUUGCGUUUGGCCUGCUUUAUUGUUUUCUGAGGUCUCCUUGAUUUUGUAUUAGUUUUGCUCUAGGCUGCUUCUCCAAAGAGAAGGAAUAUGUAAUGUGCUUUUGGUGGCAGUGGUGCUGGUGAGUUUUUGAUUGGUUGAUUUCUUUGUUUUUCAGACAGGGUUUCUCAGUAGCCCUGGCUACCCUGGAACUCACUUGGUAGACCAGGCUGGCUUCGAACUCAGAGAUUCUCCUGCCUCUGCCUGUAAUGUGUGUUUGUUUGUCUUCUUUCCUUUCUUGGAACUCAUUACGUAGACCAGGCCUACCUUGAACUCAAGAGAUCUGCCUGCUUCUGCUUCCUGAGAACUGCAGUUUAGAUGCGAGCACCAUCAUGCCCUACAAGGAACCAGUGACCUUUGAGGAUGUGGCUGUGAACUUCACCUCAGGAGAGUGGACUUUGUUGGAUUCCAGUCAAAAGAAGCUCUACAGAGAUGUGAUGAAGGAAAACUUUUUGAACCUGAUCUCCAUAGAGAAAACACGAGAAGAAAAUGUUGAAGAGGACUACCAAAAUCUCAGAACUCAAGUGAUUGAGAAAGAUGGUGAAUGUGAACGUGGUUGUCAAUGUGAACAAACCCAGGCACAGAGUCCGGAGUAUAUUGUUAAUGAGGACAUGCCUCCUGCAGCAACAGGAUGUGGAAGCAGUUUGUAUGUGAGAAACGUCAUUGGUAAUUCACCCUGGGAUGUGCACCUCAGUGGUCAAACUCAAGAGAAACCAUUUGAGUGUAAGGAACCUGUGGAGAAGGCUUUUAAACCUGAGGAAUGCUGGGAAGAUAUGGGUCAUUCUAAGGCAUUUCAGGUUCAUGGAAGUUCUCGAGAGAAAUCCUAUGAAAAUCAGCAAUGUGAUGCAGCUCAUAGAAACCUCCAUUGUGAUCCGCAUCAUGAGAGAACGCAUGAUGGAAAUAAAAACAAUGAGAAUACCUUUAUGAAGUGUACAUCUGACCAGAUCGAUGAAAAACUCCACAGUGAAGUAAAGCCAUUUGUGUGUAAGCAGUGUGGAGAAGCCUUUGUUAAUUCCAGUCACCUUAUCAGUCAUGAGCGAAUUCAUAUUGUAGAAAAGUGUUAUAUUUGCAAACAGUGUGGGAAAACAUUUAGAUAUUUGUCAUGCUUCCAAAAACAUGAAAGAAUUCACAGUGGAGAGAGGCCUUAUGUGUGUGAGCAAUGUGGGAAAGGAUUUAUUCAGUUGAAAUACCUUCUCAUGCACCAAAGGAGUCAUGGAGAGAAUUCUUAUGAAUGUAAACAUUGUGAAAAAGUCUUCACUAUUUCCAGUGUCCAUAAUGUUCAUGAAGAUAUUCAAGAUGGAGACAAGCCAUAUUCAUGCACACAUUGUGGGAAAGCUUUCUCUAGUCCCAGUGACUAUAAUAGUUGUGAAAGAAUUCACACUGGAGAGAAUCCCUUUGUAUGUAAGAAAUGUGGGAAAGCCUUCAAACGUUUGGGGCAUUUUAUGAAUCAUGAAAGGAUUCACACUGGAGAGAAGCCUUAUGCCUGCAAACAUUGUGGAAAAGCCUUCACCAGUUCCAGUGACCGGAACAGUCAUGAAAGAAUUCACACUGGAGAGAAACCCUUUGUCUGUAAAACCUGUGGGAAAGCCUUCAGUCGUUCUGAUUAUCUUAUCAAUCAUAAAAGGAUUCAUACCGGAGAGAAGCCUUAUCCGUGUAAGUAUUGUGGGAAAGCCUUUGCCACUUCCAGUGACAGAAACAGUCAUGAAAGAAUUCAUACUGGUGAGAGAUCCUUUCUGUGUAAAAAAUGUGGGAAAGUGUUCAUUCUUUCUGGUGAUCUAAUCAAGCACGAGAGGAUUCACACUGGAGAGAAGCCUUAUGCCUGCAAACAUUGUGGAAAAGCUUUCACUACUUCAAGUGCCCGCAACAGUCAUGAAAGAAUUCACACUGGAGAGAAGCCGUAUACAUGUAAGCAUUGCACAAAAACUUUUACCACUUCCAGUACCCGUAACAGUCAUGAAAAAACUCACACUGCAGAGAAGCAUUUUGCGUGUAACCUUUGUGGGAAAACCUUCAACAGUCAGAGUUCCUAUUACACUCAUAAAAAAAUACACUCUAUGAAAGAGAAACUUUAUGUAUGUAAACACUGUGGGAAAGAAUUCACUUACUGUGGUAAUUUCCUUAAGCAUGAAAGAAGUCACACCAUGGAAACAUUAUCCAUAUGAACAAUAGGUAAAAGCAUUUCUGGGUCCUACAUCCCAUUAGAAACCUAUAUAAAAAUCUCACAGUGACAGAACUUGUAUAACUAUAAACUGUGUGGUCAACUUGCCUUUAUUGUGAGGUAUGGAAAAAGUUUGGGUGGGCCACGCGAGAUAGCUUAGCUAGUCAUGGUUCUUUAGGAUAGCCUGAUUUUGAUUUUAACCCUGAAACUCACAUGGAGUUCCCAAAAGUUGUCUUCUGAGUUCCACAUGUACAACAUUGAAUGUAUUUGUGUAUGUCCACAAAUAAAGUAAAUAAAUGGAGUGCUAAACAAGAAAAAAAUGAAAACAUGUUGAAGUGGAAACAGACAUGACCAGCAAAAUGUAAUUUUAGCCCUAAAAUACCAGCAUAUGUAGGAUGAAAUCCUGUUCCCAUACAUAUUUUGAUGUCUAUCUGCUUUCCUUACAGGUAGGGUAGGAGGCUAGCAAAAUACAGUAUCUAAUCCAGGACAUUUGAAUAGCACUUAGGACUUUUAAGGUGAACCUGUUCCAACCAAAUGUAAAUUUUAAAGAGAAAAUAAAGCUGUGUGAUUGAAAUAGAAUGUUUUCAUGUAGUUAAAUCAUAUAAGGAGAAUUUAAGUUUGUAUAUUUUAGAAAUAACCUGAAAGAAGAACAAUAAAAUUUUAGCAUUUUGAUCUUUGGUUCAUUCCCACACAAGACUGAUUUUUGCUUUUUUGUUUGUAAUCUUGGAGUUGAGAUUUGCUUAAUAAAAAAAAAAAAAGAUUUGCUCAAUAA